AUGAUGUCUUACCUCAAACAACCACCAUAUGGCAUGAAUGGGCUGGGCCUGGCCGGGCCCGCUAUGGACCUCCUGCACCCCUCCGUGGGCUAUCCCGCCACCCCGCGGAAGCAGCGGCGGGAGCGCACCACCUUCACGCGCUCGCAGCUGGACGUGCUCGAGGCGCUCUUUGCCAAGACUCGCUACCCUGACAUUUUCAUGCGCGAGGAGGUGGCGCUCAAGAUCAACCUGCCGGAGUCCAGGGUCCAGGUCUGGUUCAAGAACCGUCGUGCCAAAUGCCGCCAGCAGCAGCAGAGCGGGAGCGGGACCAAGAGCCGCCCAGCCAAGAAGAAGUCGUCCCCGGUGCGGGAGAGCUCGGGUUCGGAAAGCAGCGGCCAGUUCACACCGCCCGCCGUGUCCAGCUCCGCCUCGUCCUCUAGCUCGGCUUCUAGCGCUUCCGCCAACCCAGCAGCUGCGGCGGCGGCGGGCCUAGGCGGGAAUCCGGCGGUGGCGGUGCCGUCGUCGUUGAGUACGCCCGCUGCCUCGUCCAUCUGGAGUCCGGCCUCCAUCUCCCCCGGCUCAGCCCCUGCGUCUGUAUCGGUGCCCGAGCCCCUGGCCGCGCCUAGUAACGCCUCGUGUAUGCAGCGCUCGGUAGCCGCAGGCCCGGCCUCGGCCGCAGCCUCUUACCCCAUGUCCUACGGCCAGGGCGGCAGCUACGGCCAGGGCUACCCCACGCCCUCCUCUUCCUACUUCGGCGGAGUGGACUGCAGCUCCUAUCUAGCGCCCAUGCACUCGCACCACCACCCACACCAGCUCAGCCCCAUGGCACCCUCCUCCAUGGCGGGCCACCACCACCACCAUCCCCACGCGCACCACCCAUUGAGCCAGUCCUCGGGCCACCACCACCACCACCACCACCACCACCACCAGGGCUACGGCGGCUCGGGGCUCGCCUUCAACUCUGCCGACUGCUUGGAUUACAAGGAGCCUGGCGCCGCCGCUGCUUCCUCGGCUUGGAAGCUCAACUUCAACUCGCCCGACUGUCUGGACUAUAAAGACCAAGCCUCUUGGCGGUUCCAGGUAUUGUGA